CCUGGGAUGAGCGCUACUGCUGUUGACCACUGUCUCCUCUACUUAUUAGUCUCGCUGUCAAGGGUCUCCUGUUACGACGUCUCUCUAUUUAUCUUGGCCAGUCCCAUAUGCGCUGCCGCUUGCUGGUCUCGCCAACAGAUUUUGCUUGUCAGUAUCACCAUUUUUCAGUUGAGUUUGUAGCGAAUCGUGUGAUAGACUGGGACUUUCUACAAGAGGAGAGAACCCAAGAGUUGAAGAGCACUGACAUCGCUUUUCAGACUUCCGUCUUCUUCUCGAUACGAGGUUCCUGUUGGUGAGGAGUAAGUUCAGCGGAACAGAGGCAAAGUGCUCCGUGUUCUAAGAGUAGAAACCUUUUACUCAAUAAGCUUACUGACAGCUGAUGCGAUUGAUAUGUUGUUUUAAGGUCAGUAAAUUCAAACUAGAUUAAAUAUAUCGUACUAAAACGUCCAGGAGCCACUAUGACGCUUCUGGGAGAGUCUGGUGUCUCGCCUCUGGGUCACUUUAGCACCGACGAUCACAACAUAUUUCCCAGGUUAUCCAGUCUCCUCUCGAUUUGCGCCAGUCAGCAUGAUGCGUCCCACCACCCUCACCAACUACUGCCAGGUGGUUAUACUAAGUAUGAGUAUAAACACGAGCCUGUUCAGGGAGACCAUGGGUAUCAAUCCUCAGAGAACCCAGAAGCGGAGAAAGUGAGGAACUAUCAAGAAAGAGCAAAAUGGGAGGUUGGCAAAAUGGAUAGUGAUCUUCUUGAGCAUGAUGUUCAAGAACUGCAGAGAAACAACGACUCUGAAGAGAUCCUGGAGGAGGGUGAAAAAUCCCAUACUUCAAACAAACAUGAAAGAAAACCGCGUGCACACAACCCUUUCGUUGCUGCAAGUAUUCACAACCGCCUCUGGUGUUGCACAAACGGGAACUUCCGAGUUAACUCAAGGAUCCUCAGCGAGUUUGAAUCCAACUGUGGGUGCACGACGCACAACUUGGUCGACUGGGCCACGCGAGUCUCAUGGACAGACCUAAACCUCAGACACCAAUAUAAAGUUUGCGAAGUAACGCACCAGAGUCCCUACAGGUCGUCGGGGUUCAAGAAAGUGGUCCCUUACACUCAACAUUGUGGGAAAGAAGGGAGGCUUGGUUCACCUGCAUUGUCUUCGUACAGAAGACUUAAUGUGGAGCCAUCACCAGGAAGGUCACAGACAACUGAGGGCGUCACAUCUUUUUCCAUAGUGAAGGAAGAACUGGCUGAAGCUGCGCAGGCCUCAACUGAAGGUGAGCGACCGUUCGUGUGCGAACAAUCUGGAUGUGGGCGAGCCUUCUGCAGAAACGAAGAGCUCACUCGACACAUCAGGAUACACUCCGGUCACCGUCCUUUUCUAUGUCAGAAGUGUGGGCGACGGUUCGUGCGUCGUGAUCACCUCACCAAACACCAGCGGACACACCUGCCUGUCCACGCGAAACGCACCUAUGGCUGUCCCUUACCUGCCUGCACUCACAGAUAUACUCGGUCGGAUGCCUUAACCAGACACAUGUGGACCGCCCACCACGUCCGUGCCCGUCAACCUCCGCGCCCACACACCCGCGUCCUGGCCACGCUGUUGCCGCCCACAGUUCUACCACCAACAUCAGCAUAGUCACCAUCACUAUCACCAUCAUCAUUAUAUCACCACCAACACUGUCAAUACCAUCAUUAUCACCACCAUCACUGUCACCACUAUCACUAUCACCACCAUUAUCACCACCAUCACCAUCAACAGCAUCAUCCCUAACACUGUCACCAACUUACUUUACCUCCAUAACAAGUGGCUUCUUAAGCAGGAGCAUUAAAAACAUAAAUACAUAAAUACAUACAUACACACUAUUUUGCUGUCACUCGGAAUCGAGUAUGACGAUUAUCCA